GAAGAAUUCAUCCAGGGUUAACAACAUCGUUCAGUCUGCCAGCCGAAAGAAGGAAAGUUCGGGCCACGUUUCGACAUCGCGGAUUUUACAUUUUAUUUAAUAGGACUGUGAUUCCUAGGACAUUUAUCUCUCAAAAUGAGUAGCUCAAGUUCCAGGAUCGAGAGGACUACGAUCAUCAGCUCGGAUGAUGGAACCAGUAGCACAAAAUCUGUCAACCGCUACAAUGUCUACCGAGGCAUGUCACCUACCUCGGAGACCCGUCUUCAGGCCAGAAUCCGUGAAUUAGAAGAUGCGUUGGAUGCUGAAAGAGAAGCACGUAUCAGGGCAGAGAAAAAUUACACAGAAGUCACCUUCCACUUGGAGACACUCGAGUCUCGCCUCGAGGAGGUCGAUGGUCUCCAAACAGCACAGGCUGAAGUUAACAGAAAACGCGAUGCCGAACUUAUUAAAAUCAGAAAAGACUAUGAACUUAUCAGUGUCCAAUCAGAACAAAAUGAAGCUUCACUCCGUAAACGACACAAUGACGCUGUCAUCGAAUUAAAUGACCAACUAGAAUUAAUAUCAAAAAGCAAAUCCAAGACCGAGAAAGAAAAGCAUUCACUUCUGUUGGAGAUCGAUGGCCUCUCCUCCCAACUUGAUGGCGCAUUAAAAGCUAAGCAAUCUGCGGAGAGCAAGUUGGAUGGCCUAGAGGCAGCGCUGGCAAGACUGAAGGCCCAAGUUGACGACCUCACCCGCCAAAACAACGACCUGAGCAACUCCAAAGCCCGCCUCACCCAAGAGAACUUCGAACUCCAGAGGCAGCUUCAGGACUUGGACAGUAGCGUUGCCCAACUCAGCAAACUGAAACUCACACUGACUUCCCAACUGGAAGACACAAAGAGAUCCCUGGAUGAAGAAGUGAGGACAAGGAACAACCUCCAGAUACAGCUUGCCGGCCUUCAAAACGACUUCGACAACCUUGCUGGCAAAUAUGAAGACGAGAGCGAGGCUAACUCCCAACUCCGUGCACAAAACAGCAAGCUCCAGAGCGACCUCGGAAGUCUUAAAUCUCGUUACGAUAAAGACUUACUUGCCAAGACCGAAGAGUUUGAAGAAUUAAGACGCCGUUUGACAAGCCGCAUUACCGAACUAGAAAGCGAAAAUGACGCACUUCGAACCAAGAACAGCAGCUUGGAGAAAACCAAAAACAAACUGUCCAUCGAAGUAAGAGAACUAACAGUUGAACUGGACGGCGCCAACGCCGCUGUCCAAGAUUUGGCAGGAAGACUGAAGACAGCUGAACGUAACAACGCUGAGCUCCAGAAACGCAAUGAUGACCUCCAGAGCGAGCUGAACGCUGCCCUCAACGAGAACAAAAACCUACAACAGACCGUUGUUCAACUUAAGGCAACUCUAGCUGAUCUUGGCGACAAGUACGACGCAUUGGCCAGAGAAAACAAAGGACUUUCGGACCAACUUCGCGAGGCAAAUAGCAACAUUAAGGAUCUUAACAGACAAGUCAAUGAUCUGUCAGCUCUUAGAAUACAGCUUGAGAACGACGUUGCAUCCCUCACCUCUCAGCUCCGCGACGCUGAAGAUGCUGCCAGAGAUGCUGACCUCCGUGCUCAAGCUGCCCAAGCUGAACUCGCAAAAGCCAAGUCUGACUUUGAAGCUAGACUACGCCAAAAGGAUGAAGAAAUUGAAAACAUCCGACGAAAUACCGCAAGAACCAUCGAAGAACUCAACAGAACCAUUGUUGAAAUUGAAUCUAAAUACAAAUCUGAGAUCAUCAGAAUCAAGAAGAAACUGGAAGGAGACAUCCGUGAACUUGAGGCACAGUUGGACAUUGUCGUCAAACAGAACGCCGGAUAUGUCAAAGAUAUCAAAGUUCUUAACGUCAGGAUCAGUGAACUGGAGAUCCAACUUGCUGACAGGACCUCCCAAUACGAACAAGCAUCUGCUGCACUGUCAGUGGCCGAGAGGAAGAUAGUCGCCCUGAAGGUUGAAAUUGAGGACACUAGGUCACUCCUGGAGACAUCCGAGCGUUCUCGCAAGAACGCAGAAAAUGAACUUGCCGACGCAAGCCAACGCGUAAGUGAAUUGACCAUCCAGGUGACAUCAUUGACCAACGACAAGAGGAGAAUGGAGGCUGAUAUCCAAGGAAUGCAGGCUGAUCUUGAUGACGCCAUCAACAACUUCAGAGGCUCCGAGGAUAGAGCUAACCGUCUGCAGAAUGAAGUCCAUCGUGUGUCAGAGGAACUCAGCCAGGCCGAGAACAACUACAAGAACGCCGAAUCUCUCCGCAAAAGUCUCGAGAUUGAAAUCCGUGAGAUCACUGUGAAAUUGGAAGAAGCCGAAGCAUUCGCAACAAGGGAAGGCAAGAGACUCGUCGCUAAAUUGCAGGCCAGACUCCGUGAUGUCGAAUCCGAACUCGAGGUUGAAGGACGCAAGGCUCGUGAAUUCUCAGCUGCCAACCGUAAAUUGGAACGCCAGCUGGUUGAAUUCCGAACCACUGCUGAGGAUGACCGUAGAACAGUCCAAGAACUCCAAGACCUUGUCAGCACUCUACAAAUUAAAAUCAAGUCAUAUAAACGACAGAUCGACGAAGCAGAAGAUGUUGUGUCGAUCACUUUGAACAAAUACCGCAAGGCACAAGCCAUGGUGGAAGAAGCCGAAACACGGUAUAGAGGUCAGAGCCGUCAUACUUUUCCAACAGCUUUCAAAGACGCAGCAGGAAGACCGGCAACCGUACCAUCUAUAUCCGAAGUGGAAUCGGCCGCCGUCUAGGCUGGUUUGCAUCAUAAACUACAUAACGACAUCUCAUAUACACCUAACAGACUGUACACAUUUGGAGAAAUACACCAAGUGAUAGACUCUGCGAUCAGUUGCAUAUAUUGUUAAUUCAUUACUAAUUAGUAUCUGGCGUAGAUGGAAUGAAUUUGUGAUGGGCACGUGAUUCGUUCCACCAAUCCAUGAUCCCUCUAAAGUUCACGUCACAUCCGGUGCCUAAACUAGGUACAAUUAUUACAUCUACGUCAGAAAAACACACUGCCAGUUUUUAACUGCUAUUUAUACGCUCUGUUGUAGUUAUAACUUAUUUUUUGAAUAUUAUAUAUGAUCGAUACUUAAUUUAUAUCGGCACCAUGCUCAGUUGCUUAUAGACUCGAGAAAAGACAUUUAGAAAUUGCUGUUGGAACCAAGCAUUCUUAUCAUUCUGGCACACCACGUGCUUUUAUGUGACAUCAUCAGUAUAUGAGUAUGAAUAAUAUUAUGAUGAUACACCCUCUCAAAGGUCAACCAAAGGUCAACCAGAGGUGUAGGCACUAUGCCUUGUUGAGAAUCAGAUCACGGGCGUGUAACACCAUAAUGUUCAUUUAGUACUCAUCUUGUAAAAUGUGCAAUGAAGAGGAGAUCAUAUGAUUAUGUAAAAUAAAGGACUAUAGAAGAAUAUCCUGUAUUAAUAUGUAGCUUUGUAAUACUUAUAAUCCCUGGUGGUAGAAUUAUACACUAGCCAUAUAGGGCGCCACCUGUGGGUGAUAUGUGACAAUACUCC